CGCCGCUAAUGUCGGCCAUUAGUGUAAAAUUGAUGACCUACCCAUGGAUGUGGCUGUUCAUGAAGAAUCCAUUUGAAGGAGCACAAUGCGCCAUACGUCUAGCCACCGAUCCAAAGCUUAAGAACGUGAGCGGCGAAUAUUUCAAUGAUUGCGAAGUAACACAAUCGUCCUUGCAGGGCCGUGAUAUAGCUUUAUCGAAAAAAUUAUAUAUGCAGACAAUCAAAGAACUGGAGAAAGUUACCAAAUUAAGUAUUGAAAAGGAUGUUGGAGAUGGAACUUUAGCUUUGGAAAUGGAUCAGACGCAAACAGCGGACUGUAGCGAGCAAGGAAAUCAUGACAAGCAGCAUAAACAAGAAAAGCAGAAAAAGAAACAGUUGCAACAAAGAAAAUAACGAAAAGCGUAAAAUCACGUUACGUUGAUUUGCAACAUUCGGCGCAAAAAAAAAUAUUUUAAAUAAGAGCUGC